ACGAAAUUGAUCGAAGACUAUGAAUGAAUAAUAAAUAAGCUGAGUUAUGCAAAUUGCAACGUCAACUUUUGUACUCAUUCUCCCGAGGAAGUGAACAAACUACGCGUCACCGCCUCCCAUAAGAGUUUGGUUUCAAAAUUUUACUAUUUGUUUGAGAGAGAGAAAUGAAAGAGGUGAUGGCAGUGGAAAUGGAAUCCGGUGUUACAACUCCAAGUGCUCUUCUUGAUGAUGAUGGGAGACCCAAAAGAACUGGGACUGUAUGGAGUGCAAGCGCACAUAUCAUAAACGCAGUUAUUGGAACUGGAGUACUCUCCUUACCAUGGGCCAUGUCCCAAAUGGGUUGGGCCUUAGGAAUAUCCUGCAUUUUCACAUUUGCAGGUAUUACACUCUACACAUCAAAUCUUCUAGCUGAUUGUUAUAGAUCACCAGAUCCUGUUACUGGCAAAAGAAACACAACUUAUAUGGAUGCUGUCAAAGCUCACUUGGGUGGAAAACAACAUGUCUUUUGUGGAUUGCUUCAGUACAGCAAUCUUGCUGGCUUUAUAGUUGGCUUCAUCAUAACUACAUCUACAAGUGUCGUGACAAUACGUAAAAAUGUUUGCUUCCGCAAAAAUGGAUUUGAUGCUCCAUGUCAUUUCUCCAAUAACCCGUACAUGAUUUGUAUUGGAAUUAUUGAAAUAAUAUUAUCUCAAAUCCCAAAUUUUCACAAGCUGUCUAUGCUUUCGAUCAUAGCAGCUUGCAUGGCUUUUGGGUACGCGUCUAUUGGUGUUGGACUUUCUUUUGCAACCGUUAUUCAAGGGAAUGUAAAGAACACAUCAUAUUCUGAAAGCCACAAGGGACGUAGUACAGCAGAUAUAGCAUGGAAUAUGCUAGUUGCAAUUGGAGACAUUGCACUUGCAUGUGGCUACUCUCAAAUUGCAGUAGAUAUACAAGAUAGUUUGAAGUCAUCACCUCCAGAAAAUAAAGUGAUGAAGAGGGCUAACACGAUUGGUAUAUCCAUUAUGACAACUUUCUUCAUCUCGAGUGCAUGUUUUGGAUAUGCUGCAUUUGGUUCAAACACUCCUGGUAAUAUACUCAUGAGCUCUGGCUUUCACAAACCUUUCUGGCUAUUGGAAUUGGCCAAUGUCUUCAUCAUUGCUCACCUGUUGGGAGCAUUUCAGGUUUUAAUCCAACCUUUAUUUCGUAUAGUUGAAAUAUUGGCAGCCCAAAAGUGGCCAAACUCAAGUUUUGUGACAAGGGAAAUUCCUAUGAACAUUGGCAAAACAAAAUUCACCAUCAAUUACUUUAGGUUAAUUUGGAGGACAAUAUUUAUUGUGGUGGUAACUACAUUAGCUAUGGCAAUGCCUUUUUUCAAUGACAUGAUUGCCCUUCUUGGAGCAGUUGGAUUUUGGCCUUCAGUGGUGUAUUUUCCAGUAGAGAUGUACAUUGUGAAACAGAAUAUCAGAAAAGGAACAAUUCGUUGGUUUGGACUUCAAACAUUGAGCUUUUUCUGUUUGAUUGUGUCAUUGGCUGCAGCAUGUGGAGCUAUUCAUGGGUUAGGUCAAGCUGUUGGCAAAUAUAAACCCUUUAUGUAUAAGGCAUAGUGUGCUUUGAAAAAUUCUCUUUAGAUCCCUUAAUAUGCUUUAAGGCCCUCCAAAUUUUCAAAGCAUGUUGAAGGGUCGUAGAGAAUAUCGAGGAGGCUAAAGAGAAUUUUUCGAGUGCUUUCAUUAGGUUACUACUAUGUAUUAUGGAUUAGGAUCCUUUAUCAUAGAACAAUAUUAUUCAACUAUGUAAACCAUAAUAUGCUUAGUGUCUGUGUCUGAGACUCUAAGUUUGAUGGAAGAUUUUAGA